AGUAGAGCUGCGAUGAGCUUCCCGAGGCGAACGGGGUGGACUGGGGUCCCCAGCGGACGGGGUCUCGGCCUCCUGCUCUGUUUUCUCCUGCCGGUCUGUGCUACAGCAAGCUGCAGCCGUGAGUUCAGAGGUCCUCUUUCGCUUAACCAAAAUUUCUCCAUCACAUCUCAGCCCAGGCCUGGACAACCAUGGUGUGAGAUUCAAGGCCAGGUCAAUGGAAACAAGUUUCUUUAUUAUGUCUGUGGGAGCAAGCAGGUCAUACACACUGGUCCUUAUGGGAUGAAGAUGAAUAACACAGCAUUUUGGGAAACACAGAUGGAAACUCUGGAGGACCUGGGGGAAGAGUUCAGAAAGAAACUGCUGGACAUCAAAGCAGAGUUUGUCACUAAGAGCGGUGAUUCUCUCACCAUGCAGGGCAGCCUGAUAUGUGAGCGAGGGGCUGAUGGACACACCAGAGGAUCCUGGAAGUUCGCCUUCAAUGGACAGUUAACCCACCUCUUUGACCCGGAGAACAGAAAGUGGACAGUGGUUCCUCCUGGAGGCCAACAGUUCAGAGGCACGUUGGACAAUGACAGAGAGCUGAACAAGCUCCUCGUGAGGACUGCAAACGGAGACUGUAAGCGCUGGCUCCAGCACGUGUGGGAGCACUGGGAUGAGAUGCAGGAGACCACAGUGCCACCAGCCACGCGACAAGGUACAGCCCUAGGCAAGGCCACAGCCAUCGGACCCUGCACCUGGAUCUUCCCGUUGCUCCUCAGCUGUGCGGUCAUGAUGGGCAUCCUUGUCGGAGACCACUAGAUCCACAGGCUGCCAAGUCCACCAAGAAGCCCUUCAGCCUGGGGACCAGCUCAGCGACUCUGCCUCUGGGCCAGCUGCCUUUGAAUGAGCUGUUGUUCAUCAUUAGACCAGCAGCACUUCCAAGUUUACGAGCCCAGAACCUCAGUCCAAUCACCUGGUGCAGGACAGGGAAGCUCCCAUGUCCCUUCUUGCAUUUUGUGCCUCUCCCGUUCAGCACUUUGCACUGCCAUAUUCUAUGCCGUUUUCUCCCAUUGCUAAGUGAUGGAAUUCCUGCACUGAAGUGUUAAACACUCGAAUGGGGAAUCUCUACAAAGAGAACAUUUUCCUUCUUGUCCUUUGGUUCUGCAAUAUCGGGUUCUUCUCUGUAAGAGGACCAUGUCCUUGCAGACAGUAUCCCCAAAAAGAUAUUUAUGGAAGCUCUAGAUCCUCAGGGAUUUUUUUCUUCUGUGUACUGUGAAACAGGCUCAUUGACAAAUUGUGAUUGUUGUCUUUAGUAAAUUAUGUCCAGGAACGUAUAUUUAAAUAAAUAUUA